AUGAUGGUCCCCUUUGGUGGAGAUACUGGACAAGAAAGAAACGCCCAGGGGCCAGAAACUAGCAGCAGCAGCAGCAGCAGCAGCAGCAGCAACGAUAUCAUUAGCAGCAGCAGCGACAGCAGCAGCAGCUGCAGCAACGGCAGCGAAAGCAUCGGCAACGAUAUCAACAGCAGCGAAAGUUGCAACAGCAACAGCAGCCACAGCAGCAGUUGCGACAGCAGCAGCAGCGACUGCAGCAGCAGCAACUGCAGCAGCAGCAGCAGCAGCAGCAACAGCAGCGGGGUAUGA